GCAGGGGCCGGUGUCCCAAGGCCCGCUGUCCCCGGAGGCUGUGUCCUCGCGGCCGCUGCGCGUGGGGGCUCGGAUCUGCAGGCCCUCUCCUUUCCCAGACAGGGCCCGCCCGCGGCGCCCACUCCAGAGAGGCAGGUCCAGGCGGGAGGCGCCUCCCGGGAGAAACAGGGAGCGGUCCCAACUGCACAGAGGCUCCGGCACCGCCCUCCUCGCCCGGCUUCAUCCCCCGUCCGUUCGUGUACACACACGCACGGCGACCCCACCCAGGAUCCAAAGCAAGAUUUAAAAGGACGUCUUUGCGUCUUCCACAGCUCCCUAUCAUCAUACAAGGGGGAUUAGAAGCCGGUGAGAAAAACUUUCCACCGUCCUGCGCGUUUCUGCAGCCCUGUUCCCUGGCCGAGGCAUCUCCAAGGUAGUGAUGGCUCUCCAGAGGACCCGUUCCCUGCUUCUGCUCUGGCUGCUGACCCUGCUGGGGCUGGGGCUGGUACAGCCCUCCUAUGGCCAGGAUCGCAUGUAUCAACGAUUCCUGCGGCAGCAUGUGGACCCUGAGGAGACAGGUGGCAAUGACACCUACUGCAACUUGAUGAUGCAAAGACGGAAGAUGAUGGUGCGUCAGUGCAAGCGCUUCAACACCUUCAUCCACGAAGACAUCUGGAACAUUCGUAGUAUCUGCAGUACCACCAAUAUCCAGUGUAAGAAUGGCAAGAUGAACUGCCAUGAGGGUGUAGUGAAGGUCACAGACUGCAGGGAGACAGGAAGUUCCAGGGCCCCCAACUGCAGAUACCGGGCAUCGGCGAGCACUAGGCAUGUGGUCAUCGCCUGUGAGGGUGACCCGCAAUUGCCUGUGCACUUGGACAGAUAGACACCAGCUGGCGGCCCUUAUGGCCCGGUGGUUGGCCUUGAACUUACUCCUUGAAUAGCAGUAAGUAAUGCAUUUGAGCUGCCCCGGGCUCUGUCUCCUCUAUUUCUGGCUCUUUUUCUCUUUAUAACCCAUUCUGUUAAGCACAUUGUAUCAAAGAGAAAUGGAGACAUAAACUUAUAAUGAGUCUGGGCUUUUCUGUAGUAAACUUUUUGGCUUUCUUUUAUAAUACUGGUCAGUUUAGCUCUCUCAGAUCCUAUCCUCUGGAAUUUAGUCAUUAUAUGGAUUUAUACAGCAUUUUAAGCAUUUCAAAGUACUUUCAUCUAAAUCAUGUCAUUUUAAUAGCACAGCAAUUGUGCGAUGUUGCUGAUGUUAUAUGUAGGAGCCCAAAGUUCAGGGACUUGUGGAAAACCAUGAAAUUAGUGGAAAAGCUGAUACAGAAACCCAGUUGAACUGGCUCCUAAUCCAGGCCUUUUUCCACUUCAUUACGAGGAGCGUUCUGAAAGUAACUGCUUUUGGUUAUUCCCAAAAGUCAGCUGUUGGGAGAAGCAUUAGAAAUUUGGAAAUGCAUGCUGGCAAAAUGAGAGCUCGGUCUGGAUAAUCUGGCUCCCUUGUUGUGCUGGGGUCUAAUGGCAUCAAGAAAUGAUACAAGAGAUUUACUUUCUCUCUUCCCAGACUUUUGAAUCACUCUAGUAAGUCAGAAUAUUAGAAAUGUUCUAGAUCAUUUAAGACUCAUCCACUCUUCCUGACGGAAACAUCUUUCAUGUUUUACUUGUAAUAAAGACCUUAAACUGCAGAUA